GCCCAUGAUCACGAGUUCAUGAUAUUUUCAGGGUAAAAGUGGGUUGGGCCUGUAUUCAGCGGUCAUCGAUUAUUGCUUUGGUCCACGACAAAAACUCGGAAAUGGAAGUUGAAUCUUUUUACAAGCACCUGCCUAAAAUCGAGCUCCAUGCCCAUAUCAAUGGUUCAAUAAGUACAGAAACCAUUGAAGAACUACUUGCAAAGAAUCAGGAACAAGGGAAACCGCAACCAGAUAUCAGUCCGCUACGGCAAUGGAAGAACAAAGUGGAGAAAGGAGAACAAAUGACACUGGAUGGCUGCUUUGAAAUGUUCAAGUUAAUCCACCAGCUUGUUGACAGUUGCGAAGCUGUUGCGAUAGUGACCCGCAAUGUCAUCCGAGAGUUUGCCGAGGAUGGCAUCAAGUAUUUGGAGUUGCGGAGCACUCCUAAAGAUGUACCAGAGACUGGAAUGACAAAGAGAAGCUAUGUGGAAGCAGUUUUGUCUUCAAUAAAGCAGUGUAAAGACGAUGGCAUUGACAUCACAGUCAGAUUUCUGUUGACGAUCGACCGCGGUCGAGAUCUGGAGACGGCCCGUGAGACGGUUCAGCUUGCAAGGGAGUUCCAGGCCAGCAGUGAUGGUGUGGUGGUGGGCAUCGACUUCAGUGGGGACCCGAAGAAGAAUGAUGCGAGGCAGUACAUACCUCUGCUCCUUGAUGCAAGGGAGAGUGGACUGAAGCUUGCACUACACAUAGCAGAGAUUCCCAACACAGCCGAGAGUCUGUCACUAGUGCAUGUGCCUCCAGACAGAAUUGGCCACGGUACUUUCCUACAGUCGGAUGAUGGUGGAUCGGAAGAGAUUGUGGAAGCUGUCAGCAAACAUCGAACACCAUUAGAGCUCUGCCUCACUUCCAACAUGGUAGGCCAGACGGUGAAAUCGUUCGACAACCACCACUUCAAGUACUGGUACGAGCGUGGCCACCCGUGUGUCAUAUGUACUGAUGACAAAGGCAUCUUUGCCACAAGCCUGUCCCAAGAGUACCAGAUCGCGGCUACCACCUUCAACCUGACCCACGAGCAGAUGUGGGAACUGUCCUUUGGCAGCAUAGCGUGCAUAUUCGCCGACGACGAGACGAAACACUGGCUGAGAAACAUGUGGGCUCAAGAAAGAUCCAGACUACAGUCUUCAUAGCGAGUUUGGUAUUUCAAUAGGAUUCUGCAUGGCCACAGUAUAGAGCCAAAGUCUCAAGUCAGUUCAAUUUCCAGUUCUCAAUUACUCAUGAAAUAUUUACCUAAAAUCUUCUUUAUUAUCAUAAUCAAAUGUUUCGAUUCAGAGCCAGGAGUUAGAAUUUGAGCACACAAACUAGUUAGUUCCUUUCCAUAUCUUGCCAUUGUCUCAAAUAAUGUUAAUAAUUCAUCAUUUUUGGACAUUCUCAGCACAAAAAAAAUUAUUCUUCUAAAUCAUUACAUGCAUCAUCUGGUAAAAUUUACCAACUUUAAUCCAAAGUCUGACAAGUCAAUGAGUCACUGCUCACCAUAACCAAAGCCUCAGUUACUUAAAAAACUCAAGCCCAAGUCAAGAGCCAUACUUCUUGGCUUUUUAACUUUUGAAAGAUUUUUCACAGCACAACUAUAAAGCAAUAUACGUACACCAUGUAUUCACUUUUCCAAGUUCUGUAUGACUUCCUACCCUUGUACUACAGCCAAAAUCUGCAAUGGUAAUUCUUGUACAUUCCAGAAAGCAAUCAGAAGUCCGAGAGGCUUUUUUUGAAAUAACUGUGACAUGCUGAGGAAGCUUACGAAAAGGAACAUUACAGACAUUCAGUUAACAACUCAGGUUUACUUUGUGCAUAAAGACAAGGCUUCAGUUGCAUUAUUUUUACUUUUUUUUUUAAAUACAGAAAUGAUCUCAUGAAAAUAUAGCCUCCGCUUCAAGUGUGUGUAGUAUUGUAAAGAUAAAUACAUUGUGUUUCGACUUGUGAAACCUCACAAUAAAGGCUUAAUUAAUGUGAUCAGAUAAA